GCUACACUGCGCUGUCACACUUGUUCGUGUGUUGUUACAGAACGACGCUUGCCUAUCCAUUAUAUAAACAGUUGUGGAAUGCGUCCUAAAGCUCACUGACUGCUAACGUGUACAACUGCGACACUUCCAAUAGAAGAGACGUCGAUUCCGCUUGACAAACGUCGCUCUGUGGCCAGCUGUGGCAGCCGGUUUAGCGCACGUGUUUAAAGCGUGGUUCGUUUGCGCGCACGCGAAAUGAAUAGAAAAGUGGAAUCCGCGAUUGCAGUAUACAAAAAGCGGAAGGAAGCGAGAACGAAAACUAACAGGAAAUCUGCCAAAAGUCCCGAUGCCCGUUCUCCCGGGAAACUCGCAGAUAAACGUCAACGUCGCAAGAGGUGCUCAAAUACGCCCCAGAAAAAUGGCAAGGUCAGAAAAGAAGAGCAGUGCGCUGUUUAUGACGGCUUGAACGGCUCCACGUCUAGCGAUGGCUCGGAAGCAGCGACGUCGAUCGUGUCGGGAGGCAGUGAACUUGCUGCCGCACGUUGUUUCGACUGGCUCAUUCAGCCGGUUGAAAGAGAGCGCUUCUUCAGGGAGCUGUGGGAGAAAAAGCCCAUGCUGGUUCGGCGCCACCAGUCAGACUUCUACCAGGGCCUCAUGAGCUGCAAUCAGCUGGAUCGGAUCCUCCGUGAACGGAGCCUCUUCUUCACAGAAAACAUAGACCUGACCACUUAUGAGGGAGGCAAGCGAAAGACACACAACCCAGAUGGACGUGCCCAUGCCGCAGUCGUCUGGGAUGCCUUUCAGAAGGGCUGCUCGGUACGUCUGCUCAAUCCGCAGACAUACAGCCGUGCCGUCUGGCGCCUCUGCUCUGUACUGCAAGAGUUCUUUGGCAGCUUUGUGGGUGCGAACAUGUACCUGACUCCAGCUGGAUCCCAAGGAUUUGCUCCCCACUACGAUGACAUUGAGGCCUUCGUUGUUCAGCUGGAAGGCCGAAAGUGUUGGCGCCUUUAUGCUCCAAGGGACCCUUCUGAAGAGCUCCCACGAUUCUCAAGUGAAAAUUUCUCUCCUGAAGAAGUGGGGGAGCCAAUCUUAGAGGCAGUCUUGGAGCCAGGGGACUUGCUCUAUUUUCCUCGUGGGAUCAUACACCAGGCCUACACCCCUGAUGAUGUUCAUUCGUUGCACCUAACACUCUCUACAUGCCAACGGAACACAUGGGGUGACCUUUUUGAACGGAUGAUCCCCCAAGCAGUGCAACUGGCCAUGGAGGAAGAUGUAGAGUACAGGAAAUCUCUACCAAGAGGUUACCUCAACUACAUGGGUGUGGCCAAUGCAGAUGUGCCGAGCGAUGCACGUGAAGCCUUCUUGGGAAAAGUACGACACCUGGUGGAGAAGUUGGUGAACUAUUGUCCUGUUGACGCAGCUGUUGACCAGUGUGGCAAAGCUCACCUGCACGAAGCACUGCCGCCGCUCCUUUCACAGGAGGAACGUAGACGUAGUGUUCACACUGGUGAACACUGGCACUCUGGUGAAGUUGUGAAUAUACAGGAGCUGGAUCCGGAUGUCCAAGUGCGGCUCGCUCGCAGGAAUGCAGUCAGGCUGGUUGUAGAAGAGCAGGAUGUGCGCCUGUACCACUCUUUCGACAACAGCAGGCGAUACAAGGGGCGUGAUCCACAGUGGAUUCUCUUGGAAGAGGAUCAAGCACCUGCCGUGGAGGCACUUUUGCAUGCUUACCCUGGGUAUAUCAAGGUGGACGACCUCCCUCUGGAUAACCCACUUGACAGGCUUGAACUGGCAAGCCUCCUCUAUGACAAAGGACUGCUCAUAACCAAGCAGCCACUUGAAAUAUCGGACGACUAGGUUUGCGUGAAGUUCAUCGUAGUGGCUUUGUGUGUAAAGUUGUGUUCACAGCCCAAGGAAGCUGGUGCUCCACCCUUUGGCAACCAGUGCCUGCAUGCAUGUGGCCUUUUGCCAUCGUGGACGGUGACUCCGGUUGUGGCCUCGUUUACUGCAGAGACAUUGUGGCUGUAGAAAUGGCCUGCUGUGACAGACAUGUUAUACUGUCCGCACUCGAAUGUUGGUUUUAUGAAGUGACAGAGCCAUCUAUUGAAAGUGUGGAAUUUAGUCAUCUCAGAAUUGUCUUGCUGUUGCUUGAACCAAUGGUGUAAUUCUCUUGAUAAUAAAGCCAAUCAAUACAUCA